AUGUUUAAGCUAUCGGAGCUCGUACGCUGGCUAGGACUUACCGAAUUUGAAAUAAUGAUUAAUUUAUGCGGCCUUCUUGUAUUCACAAUAACACUUGCUUUUCGAAUAUCUGGGACUAUUGUAAAAAAUUCUGUUGAUUGGUUUACGAUAUUUAGUCCACUUUUUUGCAUUGACAUUUGUAAUGCGUAUUUUUGUAUAAUUGUUGGAAUAAGAAUGUUCUUGGAUUCGGAUAAUAAACGAAAAGCUUUGCAUCGUUUUAUGUGGAGCACUUACUUUUUAUUUCUUGUUGCAAUCUUCAAAUAUUUGCUUUGUCUUAAACUUAGCGGCCAAACAAAUUUGGAAUAUAGCGAAGUAUUCUCACCCAUCUUUGUUCUGCUUCAAUUGGUUGCGGUACGAGCCUGUCAGCUACCAAAUUCAGUGUGACAAACUAAGCGGAUGAUGUUUAAAUAAAUAUUUAUAAUAUGUAGUUGUUCUGUUUUAUUUUAAGUUUCUUUUUUAUAAACUAUAAAUAAUGAGAGGAAUGUAAAAAAGCAAUUUGCAUAACAUUAACGAAAGUUAUAUUGGGUAUUUGUGAUUGUAGACAUAAAAAAUAAAAAUAUUUAAUCAAUAAACACA